GCGGCCUGGAGGGAAGAGUGGGGCGGGGCUCUGCCCACCAGCGUCGGGGCUGUGGUUGUCGAUGUUUGCUUGGGGGUAGCGAUAUGGUCUCUAGCGUGUGAAGGGUGUGCGCUUCCCCAGAAUGAAGGGAGAGGGAAAUCUGGACUUUGAAGGGCCGGAAAACGAGUUGUGAUUUGCCACUUGGUGACUAGAGAGCGUGAGCAAGUCGCUUCACCUGUUUAAACCUGCCUUACCUCAGUUUUCCAAAGAGGGCUGACGUCGCUGAGCGCUCUGCAAUGUGGGGAGAGCCCAGGGCGAAGUUGCUGCAGGUGCUGUCAGCCCCACAUUGGUGAGCUGAGGACGAUUUUAAGAAGUCCGUGGUGUUACUGGAUUUCACUGAAAUAUUUUGUGUUAAAAUUCGGGACUUUUUCUAGAGAUAUAAAGAGGAUAGCGACAGAAGACUUUCUCAAUUUAUUUUUCUUUGUUUUAAAUCUUGCCCCGUCUCCCCAGCCCGGCCCAGCCCAGCCCUCUGCCUAAGGGCCUCAUAGCUGAACCGAGCUAUGCAAAUUUGGCCCGCGCGUUUUAAAAAGGAUAUUCUUUCUCUAUCACCGUGAGGUCGUUUAAUUCCAUUCUGCAGUUAUUCCGACAUUCAUUUGGAUCUUUCUGGAAGGGAGGCUGUGUCAUAAAUUAUGAAGACUUUAGCCCAAUCAGUAAAACCAUGAAAUUUUUUUUUUUUUUUUAACUUUUGGCCGGUCACUCAUUAUGAUGUAUGUCCUCCUUGCCGGCAGUUGUGCUAAGAAGUGGGAAUACAAGGACGAUUGAGAUACUAUUUUUUUAAUGUAUUUAUCCCAUACUAAAUUGCCUUAGUCAUCCUUAUCCAGUUGUUAAUUUUAUAAGACCAUCAGAUAACCUGGAUCUGCAACUAAAUGAAACAUUUUUAAAAAAUUCAAUGCCCAGGAAUUUAUUCUAAGGAAGUAAAUUACUAUGUGAAAGAGUAUCACCAUUUUAAAGCUCUUCAAACAUACAGUUUUUCAGAGGCAUCAAAUAAUGUCAUCUGAAAUAUUGCCAGCAUUUAGUGAGACUUCUAAUGUUGAAAGAAAGCAAGACUUAAAUGAAGACCAAGAGGAGAAUCAGAAACCAGGAUUAGGUGAAGGGUUUGAACCAAUAUCUAAACGGCAAAUGAAGAAACUAAUGAAACAGAAACAAUGGGAAGAACAAAGAGAACUCCGCAAACAAAAGAGGAAGGAAAAACGCAAGAGAAAGCAAUUAGAGCGACAGUGUCAACUGGAAUCAAACUCAGAAGGAAGUGACAGAAAACGUAUUCGAAGAGAUGUUGUUUACAGCCCACUCCGCCUUAUCAUUGACUGCAGUUUUGAUAGCCUGAUGGUAUUAAAGGACAUUAAGAAACUUCAUAAGCAGAUUCAACGAUGUUAUGCAGAAAAUCGACGAGCACUGCAUCCUGUGCAGUUUUACUUGACAAGCCAUGGAGGCCAGUUGAAAAAGAACAUGGAUGAAAAUGACAAAGGAUGGGUCAACUGGAAGGAUAUCCACAUCAAACCAGAGCACUAUAGUGAAUUCAUACAGAAAGAAGAACUGAUUUAUCUUACAUCAGAUUCACCUAAUGUACUAAAGGAAUUAGAUGAAUCAAAGGCCUAUGUGAUUGGAGGAUUAGUAGAUCACAACCAUCACAAGGGACUCACGUAUAAACAAGCAUCAGAACAUGGAAUUGAUCAUGCACAGCUCCCCCUUGGAAAUUUCGUGAAGAUGAAUAGUAGAAAAGUUUUGGCAAUUAAUCAUGUGUUUGAGAUUAUUCUGGAAUACCUAGAAACAAGAGACUGGCAAGAAGCAUUUUUCACUAUCUUACCCCAAAGAAAAGGAGCUGUUCCCACAGACAAAGCCUGUGAAAGUUCUUCACAUGAGAAGAAGUUCGCCAGAGUUGAAGGUGGAUUGAACAGUGAUUCCAGUGAGGAGGAAAAUAGAAAUGAACUAGAUUCACCACAUAAGGAAGAAAAGCAGGAUAAAGAAACUAGCACUGAAUCUACAGUGACCUCUAUACUACACUAAUGUCAUCUUUUUUUUUUUUCUUAAGUUUAAGGAAAAUUAGGAGAAAAUGAAUAUAGAAUUUCAUAGAAUAUUUUAUAGAAUAUUUGAAAUGGAAGAAACUUUCAUUUUCUCUUAUUUCUGUUGUGAAUUUUUUAAACUUUUUUUAGAACUAAGUGAUAAAAAGCACUAAAAAAGCAUUCUUUUGUUUUUGCAUAAGAUUUAAAUGUGUAAUUUAAAAAAUAAUUUUCUAAACCUCAAAUAAGCAUUCCUUGAGAAUUUUACCUUAUUAGUAAACCUUCAUUCUCUUUUAUUUACAAGAUUGUAUUCUUCAGAAUGUGCCUUCUGACCUUUCAGUUUUAUUAUUAUAUGUUUAUAUCAAUGUCUUUCUGAUUAUGGAGGCAGAUAUCCUAAAACUCCUUUAAGUCUACCAAAAUGUUCUGUAUGGGUGGUUACCUUCUAUUUGCAGCUUUUAUAUUCAAUUUAGUUACUUCAGAGGAAUAUAGUGAUUUUAGGAAUAAGUAUUGGAUUGAGAAACUCAAGAAUUGAUUUCUGUUGGACUACGGAGCCCGUCUCUGUUCUUCCUUUGUAAUGCUUUUGUGGUUCUAAAGCAAUCACUGAAGAGUUAAGACUCUCUUUAAUAUAUUUUCUUAAUUUCAAUAAUGAUGGUAAAUUAUUUCAAUUACAAAAUUUAAUUUUUCAGGCUAUAUUAUUUUAAAAGGCUGUUGAAGGAUCAAUUUUGUCAUUACCCAAAUUUAAAAAGAAACAGUUCUUAAAAAAAAAAAAAGUAGCUCUUAGCAGCUAUUCUUUUCCUUCCAUAUGUACUUCUUUACAAUAAAAUAUGUUGGUUCUUAAGCAAAUAAGGUUAACUUUAUAUGUGCAUCUGUCUACUAUCAUAUAAUAAUAUUCAAGCUAAUGUAAAUGUAUGUUUCUAUAAAUAAUGUAAGCGUAUAUGAAAAUAUGCAUGUAAUUGUAUAUACAUCUGUUUGUCCAUAUCAUGUAUGAUUCUCAGUUGUUAAUCAAUGAUAAUAGGAUUGAGUUGCCA